AUGGCGAUCAUCGGUCACACCAUCAGAGACAGCAUUCCAGCUAAAUUCAGCACGCUGAGGUGGAGGAUGGAGGAGCUGGAGACGCUGGAGAGCACGGAGUGCCCGGAGUGCCCCGGGCCGCCCCCUGAGUUCCGGUUGCCGCCGCCUCCCCGGCCGCCCUUCCUCACCGAGGGCACCUUCUGCUCGGAGUCACCCCUCGCCGAGCUCGAAGACUGCGUUGCUAUCCCGAUGAUCGACGCCUCCUAUCAUACAAACCCGUCGUUGCAAAGCACUGCCCUAAUCAUCACAUGCGCGGUGGUCCUUCUACUAAUGGCCGCGAUUGUGUCCGUCGUUUUCUGGAAGCACAAGCGGAAAGUGCAAAACCUGCUGCCAUGCAAGAGCGCAGCGGGCGCGGCGGCAGUCGCCGGACGGGGUCGUGUGCUACCAGACGGCCAGCCGCAUCCGGGCCCCGGCAUCGGCGGCGGCGGUGCCGGUGGCGCUGUUCUUUACGAGGACCUACAGGAUCACACGGUGUCGCAUUCGCAGCUGCACAAUCACCUGCCGACGAGUCACGGUCAGGCGCCGACGAUCGAGAUGCUGGACGUCAAGGACGGCGGAAGAGGGGUGUUCGUCUGCAGUAGCCCCGGUCCUGAUCCUUACACAUCGCAGGACCUUUAUAAUCCUGUCUACGAGGAGCUCAGCAACGGGGACCAUCCGGAGACGGACGAGGAGAGCGAGUUGAAUGCUCGCAAUCGUCUGCAUCAUCAUCACCAUCAUCACCGUCACCAUCAUCGUACGUCCAACGCGUCCAAACCAGCGAGCGAGGAUGAGUUUGCCGAGGACGAGCUAUCGGUGGGUGAACCGUCGGAAGCGAGGAUGCUCACUUCGAGCAGCGGCCCCACCUGGGGUACGUGCCCCGCCGGUGGCAGGCCACCGCGCGAACGACGCGGCCGCAGCCCCAGGAGCCUCGAUCGACGCAGACGAGACAAGAACCACGACAUGGGCGAAUUCCACGAGGGCAUGCUGCUGGACGCGUUGCUUCAACUCUAUCCUAGCGUCGCAGGCGUAGCCGGUACGCGAACAGGCAACGGCAGCACCCAGCGUCAGCAGUCCGUCCCGUCGGUGGCACACAGGUUACCAUAUUUUGUGCCACCCUUGCCGGCUGCACAGGCUCCACGACUCGAGGAGAACCCCUACGAGAGCGUGCCGGUGCUGGGCCCCCUGCAUCGUUAUUCCACCCAGAACAGGAGUAACAAGGAUCGUUCGCGCAACGGCAAAUCGAACAACGACAAGUACAAGUAUCUGUCGUCGCAGCAAUACGGCGGUGACUACUAUGGUCUGCAGGGCCAGUCUGAUGUCACGACACCGCUCUACACCCAGGUGGGCGGCGAGUACUCAGACACGUACUCGCAGCCAACCGAUCGACUGUUCGGCGACGAUAAGUACAGCCAGCCAGUGUAUUACACGAACUCAACCCGGGACUCGGCGUGCGAUCAAGUAACCAAUGCCGGUCGAUUGUAUCAGGGCCAACCUGACAGCAGUUUUGGUAGCGACAGCGGUUACAGUCAUCACACGUCCGGUACCACUGGUACUACUGGCACCACCGGCACUCGUGGCAGCAAUUCCCGAACGAAUCAUCGCAGGGAUAAGCAACGAAAUUCUCAUCACUCACAUCAUUCUGCGGAGUAUAUCGUGUCCUAA